UGCAACUCCUUGCGCGCCCCGUGCGCACGUCGGGAGCGUCUUGAUGUCCGCCGAGAGGCCGGGGGGGGAACGGAGAACGGAAGCACCGCGGCGACGUCCAGCUCCCCCGCCGCCGACCUUCGGGCUAAUUACACUGUUUCACUGACACGCUCACGUGGGAACGCAUUUUUGCGGCAGGGCGGUGGCCACUUUGUGACCCGGGGGUCACGCUCGCAUGGCGCAACGUGCCGUGGCAACAAUAAACUGUCCUCAGAGCUGAUCUUCUGUGAGGGAGCGGAAUAAAGUUUGAGAUCAACGCGAGAGCACAAACCGCGGCAGACCAGGGAGAAUCUGCUUCACACAAAUCACCCGUGCUCAGCAUCUUUUGAAACAUCAUGGCUCCACACCCCGUGGUCCAGGCAAUCAUUGACUUCACAGCUGGAGCAAUAGGUGGUACAGCCUGCGUGCUGAGCGGCCAGCCGUUCGACACCACGAAGGUGAAGAUGCAGACCUUCCCCACCACGUACCGCGGCUUCACCCACUGCUUCUUGUCGACCUUCGGGCAGGUGGGACUCCGUGGUCUGUACAAGGGCACGACCCCGGCCCUUAUAGCCAACAUCAGUGAGAACGCUGUGCUCUUCCUGAGCUAUGGCCUCUGCCAGGAUGCGGUCCGCUUCCUGUCCAGGAUGGAGAAAGGGACGGAACUCAGUGACCUACAGAAGGCGUCAGCAGGGUCUUUAGCCUCCAUCUUCUCUGCCAUGGCAAUUUGCCCCACUGAGCUGGUGAAAUGUCGCUUGCAGGCCAUGCACGAAAUGGAAACAUCUGGCAAGAUUGCAAGCGGACAGAGGAGCACAGUGUGGAGAGUGGUGGAGAUGGUCUUGAAGGCAGAUGGUCCCCUGGGUUUCUACCAAGGACUGACAUCCACCAUCGUGAGGGAGGUACCAGGUUACUUCUGCUUUUUCGGGGCCUAUGAACUGUGUCGGUCUACAUUUGCACAGAAGAUGGGCACAGAUAAAGACGGUAUAGGUAUUCUUCCACUCAUGUUCAGCGGCGGAUUUGGGGGAGCUUGUCUUUGGUUGAUGGUUUAUCCCAUAGACUGCGUGAAGUCCAGGAUCCAGGUGUACUCCUUAGCUGGGAGGCAAGAGGGCUUCAUGAAAACCUUCAUGGGUAUCAUACGCACUGAAGGGUUCACUGCUCUGUACUCGGGCCUGACACCAACCAUGAUACGCACCUUCCCUGCCAACGGAGCCCUCUUCCUGGCCUAUGAGUUUAGUCGCAAGUUUAUGACGGAGGCGGUCGGUGCCUGAUGUGGAGGAUCUGUCCACCUGAAGCAAGUACUCUGCUGAAACACUGCCUUGUCCUCUAGUAUUUUUAAAACGGCAUGACUAAAAGUUUUAUCGUGUCUUAAUAUCUUAUGCGAUGUGACCAAAAAAAAAAAAAAAAAG